AAUUUUUUUUCUUUUUACAGGUCUUUCGUCCGGAGAGUGUCUUUCAGAAGAACUUGGGAGUGUCCCUUGAAAAAAAAAAAAAGACUAAAAGGAAAGAAACCUCGGAGGAGGGAAACAAAACAAAAAACGAUCUUUCAUUGAAUUGAAUCGAAUCAAUUAUUCGAAAAGUGGACACAAAAGCCAGCAGCAGCAGCAGCAGCAGAAACAUUGUGAACGAUGACUACUUCGCCGAAAAAGGCGCCGCAGUUGUUACAAGUGCCGUCUCCGCGAACCCGAUGCGACACGGAACUCACAGAAGUUGGGGGAACAUCCUCGGCAUCCCUGUCAACAAUGAUUUCUCAUCAACAACAACAACAACAUCCAGACCCGAAAACAACAACAACAACAACAACAACAACAUCGACGACACCAGGCGGGAAUUGGGAAUUGGACCGGAAGAACUCUUCGUCCUCGUCCUCGUCUGGUUCCGCGGUGCUGGACGAGGAUGUGGAAGGUGUAGUAGUGACAUCUGGUGGCAAGGAUGACGGGAGGUCCGCCUUUGCGAAUCACGCCGAGUUUUUGGCCGGCAUGAUUUCCAUGGCGGUCGGCUUGGGCAACGUGUGGCGGUUCCCUUACUUGUGCCAACGAAACGGCGGCGGUGCUUUUUUGAUUCCUUAUGUGAUCCUGUUGGUGGUGGAAGGAAUGCCUUUAUCACUCAUUGAAAUCGGUCUGGGACAAAGAUUUGGCAGGGGAUCCAUUGGUGUGUGGAAAGGGAUCCAUCCUGGACUAGGAGGACUUGGUGUGGCAUCCACAGCAGUUUCUUUCCUUGUUGGCCUCUACUACAACGUGGUCAUCACCUGGUGCCUUUACUAUCUCUUCAGAUCCUUCACUACCCAGUUGCCAUGGGCAGAGUGUCCAGUGGUGAAUGAGACCAGGGUGGAGGAGUGUGCCAAAAGCUCAGAGACCCAAUAUUUUUGGUACAGGGAAGCCCUGAACUCUUCAGAGUCCAUUGGAGACUUUGAGGGCAUCAAUUGGCACAUGUUUGUUUGUCUCCUGCUGGCCUGGCUCAUUGUCUUCCUCACCAUGCGCAAAGGGAUCCAGUCAUCUGGAAAGGUGCUAUACAUCACUGCAGUUUUCCCUUAUGUGGUCUUGGCCAUAUUCUUCAUACGUGCUGUGACUUUGAGGGGAGCUGCCUCAGGGCUUCUGCAUCUCCUCACACCUAAAGUAAGGACUUCAUUGAACUAA